GUGUAUAUCAAAUAAGGUGUAAUGAUUUUCCUUCUCGUGCUUACAAGGCAAUCCAUAUUGCUAAGAUCAAUCUUGAGAUAAUAAUGAUUAGUAAUUAUCUUUUCUAAAAAUCUCAAAUAUGCCUUCAAGUCGUAGCAAUAGACAGUACAUAGACAAUCACAUAUUUUGUAACUGAAUUCAUCGAAACCGGUGGCAUGUUUGAGACUAUAUUUAUAUUAUUAUGAAAAAGGUAUUUAAUUGACAAAUUAUGGAAAUAUCAGAAAAGCGACCCUUGACUCCAAUAGUGACAAAAAACUAUGAAGGGCUUUAUAAUGUCAGAGCCUUGUUUUUCCUGAUGCUGUGGUACUUUUUUAGCGGAUGCACACUUUUUUUAAACAAGUAUAUAUUAAGUGCAAAAGGAGGAGACCCAACAUGUUUAGGUGCCAGCCAAAUGUUUAUGACAGCUUUCUGUGGAUUUGUCCAAAUGUAUUUUCCAUGCGGAAUGUUUGAAUCCACUGGGACAAGAAAAAACAGACCGCCUGGGUUUUUAAAGCAUAUGUGUUUAGUAGGAUGCACAAGAUUUUUGACUGUUGUUCUAGGAUUGGUGGCAUUGAAUUAUGUAGCAGUUAGCUUUACUGAAACCAUCAAAAGUUCUGCACCAAUAUUUACAGUUUUGAUAUCACAAUGUGUUCUUGGAGAGCAAAUUGGUCUAUAUGUCCGCCUAUCAUUGAUACCAGUUAUGGGUGGCCUUGCACUGUGUUCAGCAACUGAACUUAGUUUUAAUACUUUAGGUUUUAUUGCUGCAAUGAGUACAAAUAUAACAGAGUGCUUACAAAAUGUUUAUUCAAAAAUGCUCAUCUCUGGCGAGAAAUAUAAAUACACGCCAGCCGAGCUGCAGUUUUAUACAAGCUUAGCUUCUGUUGUAGUACAAAUUCCAGCUACUUUUAUAUUAGUAGAUUUUGAUGCUGUGAAAAACAUGGCGAGUGGUGGAUUGCUUAUGAUGUACUUAGUAAAUGGAGCAUUCUUUCACUUCCAAAGUAUUACUGCCUACGUACUAAUGGACUAUAUUAGUCCAGUCACUCAUAGUGUUGCAAAUACUGUCAAGAGAGCAUUCCUGAUAUGGAUGUCUGUUGUGCUGUUUGGUAAUUCAGUCACAUUACUUAGUGGUUUAGGUACACUUAUUGUUAUUUUUGGAGUUUUGCUUUAUAACAAAGCACAAGAUUAUGAUUCUCAAAUACAGCGAAGUAAGAAAGCACAGAUUCAAGCAGCCAAACAAGAUGUCAGAAAUAUAUGAUAAAGACGUAUAUAAUCGUUAGUCAAAUAAUAAUGUUUAUGCUAGUACAAGCAUAUUUAUAAAUUAUUAUUUAGGCAUUUUUCUUUAAGUUGAACAUCCCAGUGAAAGUGGAAGACAUUUGUAAGAUUUAGAUAUAAAAGAAAAUUAUUUUUAUAUACAAGAUUAUAAUUUAUUAUAUAACUAGGAUUGUAAAG